AUAAAAAAAUCCUCCCAACAAAACUUUGAUGCCAUUGCCCAUUGAUGCUGAUACUAAUUAUUUUAUUUUAAUGUGAAGUACGUGGAAUCAUCAGUACUCACACAAACACAAAAAAACAUAUGCGAAUCAAACAACCAUCGCUAUUCAUUUUCCUUUUUCCAUUAUUUUCCCGGCAACUGGGUCUCCUUUUCCCAUUCCAAAUAAGAAAAGGAAAGAAAUGUUAUUAAAAAAAAAAGGAAAGAAAGAAAGAGCUUCUUCUUGUUUUUCUCGCCACUGCUUUCUCCCCCCAAUCACCUCAUCCUAUAUUACCAGCUUUUCCCGGAGGUUCACUCUCUACUCUACUGAAGAAAAACCCAAUAACGAUUCCCACAAAAAUCAGUGAAAAGAGAAGGAGAAAAUGACCACAAAGCCCCACGCCGUUCUGGUGCCGUUCCCGGCGCAGGGCCACCUGAGCCCGUUCCUCCAGCUAGCCAAGCUCCUCCACUCCCGCGGAUUCCACAUCACCUACGUCAACAACGAGUUCAACCACAACCGCCUCCUCCAAUCCAAGGGCGAGGACUUCGUCAACGGGCUCCCCGAUUUCAAGUUCGUCUCUUUCCCCGACGGACUCCCUCCCUCCGACGAAGAUGCGACCCAGAGCCUUGACGGGCUCAGCAGCGCGGCCCGCAAGACGAUGUUGGGCCCGUUCAGGGAGCUGGUGGCGAAGCUCAACGCUUCCCCUGACUCGCCGCCGGUGAGCUGCAUCAUCCCCGAUGGGUUCAUGUGCUUCGGCCUCAAAGCCGCCGAGGAGUUGGGGAUUCUCGGCGUCCCCUUUUGGACCGCUUCCGCUUGUGGGUUCAAGUCAUAUUUCCACUACGUUGAGCUCAUUGAGAAAGGACUGAUUCCUCACAAAAGUGAGACAUUCGAGACUGACGGCACACUAGAGACGCCAAUCGACUGGAUGCCGGGGCUAAGAGAGAUGCGACUAUACGACCUCCCUUACUCCACCCGUACCACCUCGCCGGACGAGAUCCUGCUCAACUGCCUCCGCGACGAGACGCAGGAGUGCGUCAGGGCGGCGGCCAUCAUCAUGAACACGUUCCACGACUUCGAGCAGGAGGUCCUUGACGCCAUCAAGGCCAUCAACCCGAACGUCUACUGCAUCGGCCCGCUCAACCUCCUCGAAGCCCGCGUCCCGGCCCACGACACCUCGAGAGACUUGACCGUCAGCCUGUGGAAGGAAGACCCGAGGUGCUUCGAGUGGCUCGACAAGCAGAAGCCGGGUUCCGUCGUCUACGUCAACUACGGCAGCAUCGCCAAGAUGUCGGAGGGGCAGUUCCGGGAAUUCGCCUGGGGGCUGGCCACUUGCGGGCAUCCGUUUAUAUGGGUUGUCAGGACUGACGUCAUGAGGGCGAACGCUGCCGUUUUGACGGAGGACUAUUAUAAGGAGAUUGAGGACAGGGCGUUGAUUGUGACUUGGUGCCAGCAGGAGCAAGUGCUGGCUCAUGAAGGCGUGGGGCUGUUUUUCACUCACGCCGGCUGGAACUCGACGCUGGAGACGGUGAUCGCUGGGAAGCCGGUGAUCUGCUGGCCGUUUAUCGCGGAGCAGUCGACGAAUUCGAGGUACUUGUGUAAGGUUUGGGAUGUGGGUGUGGAGGCUAGCCAUCAUGUUACGAGGGGGGAGAUUGUGGAGCUGAUUAAGGAGAUGUUGGAGAGUGAGAGGGGGAAGGAGAGGCAUAACAAGGCUUUGGAGUGGAAGGAGAAGGCUGUGGCUGCGGCGCAAGUUGGUGGGUCGUCGUACAAGGACUUCGAUCGUUUGAUUGCUGAGGUUUUUCGCCAUUGAUGAUUGAUCGAUCGAAAAAAUGAUGGAGGGACUCGUAUGUUGAGUUUUUUUUAAUUCUGUUUUUUGUUUAAGUUAAUUGCAUCAGAAUAAAUGUGCCCUGUUGUUGAAAUCUUCACUUUGACUAGUUGUGUACUUAAUUGUUGAUGACAAUCACUUAUGAGUCAUCGUACAAGGAUUUGUAUGUGAUGUUUUUUACUUUUUUUUUUUUUUUUUGUGACGGAAUAAAUGUUGCCUGCGGUUGGUAUGAAGCUCCGCUUUGAACGGCUUGUUUACUCAACUACUUAAUCACAAACUUACUUCACUUGUGGCUUCAAGUAAAUGACACAGGUUCAACGUCUAUGGUUUCACCAAAAGU